CUGAGUUAUGCCACGCCCUUGCGUGAAGGGGUGCGGCUGCGCAUCGGAGUGGGCUGUCCUAGCACCCCUCCCCUUCGCUCUGUACCCCGCUAGGCGGGGACCGCGGGAGCCUCCAGCAUAAGGCCGGAGCAGAUCCAGAGGACUCCGGACUGCACCUGCGUUUCCAGGUAGGUGGAUGCGAGAGGCCCGGUCCUGCUGGUUCUCCGGAGGCCACUCUGUCGGUUGCAGGCACCAUGCUGUCUCCUCAGAGGGCUUUACUCUGCAACCUCAACCACAUCCACCUCCAGCACAUCUCUCUGGGCCUGCACUUGUCCCGCCGUCCUGAGUUACAGGAGGGGCCUUCAAGCACGUCCCCUCCCCCAGGCGAUACUGGAGGCAAGGAGAGCAGCGGCCCCUACAGAGGGACCCUGGUAGAUGCCAACUCCAACAGCCCAGCGGUGCCCUGCCGAUGCUGCCAGGAGCACGGACCGAGCCUAGAGAAUCGGCCGGACCCGACCCAGGAGGAGGAGGAGGAGGAGGAGGGUGCUGCCUCUCCCUCUGACCCUGGCUGCUCAUCUUCGCUUAGCUCCUGCUCUGACCUCAGCCCCGAUGAGUCCCCCGUUUCCGUCUACUCUCGGCACCUGCCUAACAAGGAGGAUGCUCAGCCCCAGCCCAGCAUCAUCGCCUUGGAUCAGGGCUCCCCACUGGCUUUGGUGGGCCUGGGCAACUGCUCCCCAGACAGCUUCUGCUGCUCUCCCGAUUCCUGCUCCGGAGCCUCCUCCCCGCCCAGGUCUGGCCUCGACUCGAACUGCAACGCCCUAACGAUCGGUCAGGACUUUCCUUCCCCAAGGUUGGAGGAAGAGGACGAGAGCGGGGAUCAAGACCUCCCCACCUCCGAGCUCUUCGAGGUGGAGGAUGGGAAAAUCGAUGCCGGGAAAACAGAGCCCAGUUGGAAAAUUAAUCCCAUUUGGAAAAUUGAUACAGAUAAAACUGAAGCUGCAUGGAAAGUCACGGAGCACAAUAAUUCUGGUUGGAAAAUCAACGGAAAUACUAACUCUGGUUGGAAAACAGAAAGUGGAAAAUCCGAUGGUUGGAGCAGCAACACAGGAAUAACCGAUUCUGGCUCGAAAACAGACGCUGGAUGGACGAGUGACGUCAGCGAGGAGCCGGCGCCCCACCGGACCAUCACGUCCUUUCACGAGCUGGCCCAGAAGCGCAAGCGGGGGCCGGGGCUGCCCCUCUUGCCGCAGGCCAAGAAAGACCGCAGCGACUGGCUCAUCCUUUUCUCACCCGACUCCGAGCUGCCCCCCAGCGGGUCGCAGAACUGCUCCUCUGCAACCCCCCGCGAGAUCACCACCUUCAAGGAACUCAGGUCCCGCAGCCGCGCCCCGCCCCCGCCGGUCCCGCCCCGGGAUCCUCCAGCUGGCUGGGCCCUGGUCCCGCCCCGUCCUCCGCCCCCACCUGUCCCUCCCAGGAGGAAGAAGAAUCGGCCAGGGCUGCAGCCCAUCGCAGAGGGGCAGCCCGAGGAGCGAAAGACAGCGAGCCCCGUGGUGGGCGAGGAGGUCCCUGCUGCGCACGAGGCAGAGCAGCCCGGCACGCGAGCGGACUCGGAAGCCGGUCCCCUCCUGCUCUCGGGGCCCCAAGUUUUUCGGUUUUCGGCCGACAGGCGCCCCCUUUUGGAGGGUGGGGGCGCAGGCGCCCCUGGGUCUCUGCUCCUGGCGCCUUUGGCCGGGUGGCCCGGCGCCCGGCUGCGGCUGCUGAGGGGACCGAGCCCCCCCGAGGAACAGCUGCUUCCGGUCCGCCUAUCCCCAGUGGGAGCGUAUUCACCCCCCACUCGGGGCGCCCUGCCCUGCCUGGCCAGCCCCGAGCUGGCGCUGCUGCUCUCCCCGCUCUUCCCCAGAAGUAGCACCUUCCCCGCCGUGGCCUCCCCACCCCGCCAGGUGCCCGCCCCCCCACCACCUCGGCCACCGCGUCCUCAGAAGGCCACGCGCUGGACCCGGAGCCCGCCGCCUGCACCCAGGCUACUGCGUAGUUCCUGGUCAUUCGCCGGUGUCCCCGGGGCCCAGCGCCUGUGGAUGGCAGAAGCCCAGAGUGGAACUGGGCAACUGCAGGAGCAGAAAAAAGGUCUCCUGAUAGCUGUUAGCGCCUCAGUGGAUAAAAUCAUCUCACAUUUCGGCACUGCCCGGAACUUGGUUCAGAAGGCCCAGUUGGGAGAUAGCCGGCUGAGCCCGGAUGUGGGGCACCUGGUGCUGACUACUCUUUGCCCGGCCCUCCACGCCCUGGUGGCUGACGGGCUGAAGCCUUUCCGGAAGGACCUCAUCACCGGGCAGCGAAGAAGCAGCCCUUGGAGUGUGGUAGAGGCAUCCGUGAAGCCAGGGUCCUGCAUCCGGUCCUUGGGAUCUCUGUACAACCAGGUCAGCCAACUAGCCCCGUUGAGUAGCAGCCGCAGCCGCUUCCAUGCUUUUAUCCUGGGCCUCCUCAACACCAAGCAGUUGGAGCUGUGGUUCUCCAGUCUCCAGGAAGAUGCAGGCCUGCUGUCCCUCCUGUAUCUUCCCACUGGAUUCUUCUCCCUGGCUCGAGGAGGCUGCCCGUCCCUGUCCACAGAGCUGCUGCUCCUGCUGCAGCCAUUGUCGGUGCUCACCUUCCACCUGGACCUGCUCUUUGAGCACCAUCAUCACCUGCCCCUGGGCCCACUGCAGGCUCCUGUUCCUCCAGUCCCACCUCCGACACUGCAGCAGACCAUGCAGGCUGUGCUGCACUGGGGGGGUCGGCUGGCCCAGAGUCUCCGGGGGCCCUCUGAGGAGGCCAUUCCUAAUCCUUCUGCGCCUUCCAGUCCUCCUACACCAGGCAGCUGGUGGGAGCAGCUGACCCAGGCCUCCCGGGUCUAUACUUCUAGGGGCACCGAGGGCUUCCCUCUUCCCCGAUGGGGACCAAGGCAUCAUGGAACUGCAGCUGAGAGUGCACAGGAGAGACCCCUGCCCACAGAGGAAGUUGCACCAGGCAGAGGCGUGUGGUUUGGGAGACUGUUUGGUGUGUCUGGGGUCCCCACAGAAAAUGAGAGUGGAGCCCAGAAGUCCAGGAGACCAUCCAGCUGGCUCCCCGCAACAGUGAGUGUAUUGGCUCUGGUGAAGCGAGGGCCACCUCCUGAAACACCUCCCAAAGAGCUUGUGCCUUCGGCACCCUGCACAGUGCAAGCCCACAGGGUGGUUCGGGCCCUCUGUGACCACACUGCUACCAGACCUGACCAGUUGAGCUUCCGGCGAGGUGAAGUGUUGCGUGUCAUCACCACAGUGGAUGAAGACUGGCUCCGCUGCGGGCGCGAUGGCAUGGAAGGGCUGGUGCCUGUGGGGUACACCUCCCUUGUUCUCUAGCCUUGGAUUCUUCCUACAUGUGUCUCUUCUGUCAGCUGGGAAAGGCAUGGCCCAUAAAUACUACUCCAUGUAAACUAUAACCAUCCCAGAAGCGUUUUUUUGCUGCUUGCAAAAUAUCCCCUUCCACAUACAUUACUGAUGUUUAAAUGUUUCUUCUUCCCAGGGGCUGGGGAUUUAGCUCAAGCACAUAAGCAUAAGCACCUGCCUUGCAAGCAGGCGAUCAUGAGUUCGAUCCCUGGUACCGAUUAAAAAAAAAAAAAAGUUUCUUCUUUCCUCCAUGCCCAUCUGUAAGGUGAACUCUGCUCUUUCAAAUAUGUAAGAAGGAAUUCUCUGUGCAACUUCUUUCCCCUUCCCAUGUGUGUAAGGGAUCAUUUCCCUAUCUGCAGAGUGGAAUCUGGUACCCUCUUCCUCUUUUCAUCCCUAAUUGGACUGUGCCAGCUCAGCAAUCCUCAGCCUGCAAGCUGACACGUGCCAGACCUCCUUCCUCAGUAUGACUCCCCCAUUACUUACCUUGCCUGUAUUUAUGAUGUAUUCAUGCUAUGCUAGCUGCUGAAGCUUGGACACCCCUGGUGGGUGAGCCUAUGGUAUUGGUCUAUUUCCUCUUUUGUCCCAAUAAAGUAUGGGAGCUGAA